AUUAUAUAGACGCCAACGAACGUAUACGAAGGAGAGAGAGUAGCUUUUUUUUUGCUGCUUUACGUGAAGAGACCGUUGUGUUUGUUGGCUUUUAAAUUUUUAAAUAGACUCCUUAUAACCUUUUCUUUUACCAUUGACGUGCACGUUGGGUGGACAGGGGAACGCCGAAAUUUACGAAGAGUUCGUCAUGUUCGUUAAGUGAGAAGCAUUUCAGUUGUUUUUUUCGUUCAGUGUUUGGGUUCCUCCAUUGAGAUACAGAAAAAAACUAGCAACAGGAAGUAAGAGGAGCAGCAAGGGGAAAAAAGAAGGUACAGAAAAUUGUUGAGAAACAGCUCAAAACAUUUUGGAAGUAUGACUAGCACGGACAUAAAUGAGAGGAUCCUGAUCUCUAAGCCAACUGUGGCCAGGAACCUGUUCAACAGGAUGCUCAGGGAGCCUGGAAUCUCUGACAGAUUCAUACCAACAAGGGCCAACAACAGUUGGGAUACAAAUUUUGCAACAAUACAGGACUCCUCGAGUGGGUCUCCAACUGGAAAGAAGGCUAGAGAGAACAAUGAUUCACCCAGGGACACAUCAGCUUACCAUUGCUUGCUGAGGAAUGAGCUGCUUGGAGAUAAUAUUGAGGACAUAAAGACACAGUGUGACGAUAGGCAGGCACUCACUCCCAAUCAGAAGAACCUUUUCAAAUAUGGCACUCCAGCAAGGAUACGGAACGAGAAGACACCAAUAAAGCUGCAAUCGAAUCCGUACUCGUUGUCCCCUUUGAGUCAAAGCAGUCAGCGGCUUCUGAGGUCACCUCAUAAGGCGACGAGGAAAAUUUCCAGAAUUCCUUUUAAGGUGCUGGACGCGCCCGAACUUCAGGACGAUUUCUAUUUGAAUUUGGUGGAUUGGUCCGUGCAGAACGUACUUAGUGUGGGAUUGGGAAAUUGCGUUUACCUUUGGUCAGCCUGCACUAGCCAGGUGACGAGGUUGUGCGACCUCUCUGGAGAUAGCAAUGCCGUUACCUCGGUGGCAUGGAGCGAGCGAGGGCAGAUGGUGGCCGUUGGGACGCACCACGGGUACGUGACAGUUUGGGAUGUGGCCGCCAACAAGCAAGUUAACAAGUUGCAAGGGCACACGGCAAGGGUGGGUGCCCUCGCAUGGAACGGGGACGUGCUCAGUUCGGGGAGCAGAGACAGGAUUAUUUUGCAAAGGGACACGCGGACGCCUCCGACUGUGAUUGAACGACGAUUGGGUGGACACAGGCAGGAAGUGUGCGGACUGAAAUGGUCGCCGGAUAACCAAUAUUUGGCUUCAGGUGGCAACGACAAUAGAUUAUAUGUGUGGAACAUGCAGUCUCUGUCACCCGUGCAGACAUAUACCGAUCACCUAGCUGCGGUCAAAGCCAUUGCGUGGUCACCUCAUCACCACGGUCUUCUUGCCUCCGGCGGUGGAACCGCAGAUAGGUGCAUUCGUUUUUGGAAUACCCUGACCGGACAACCGAUGCAAUACGUGGAUACCGGAUCACAAGUGUGCAAUUUGGCGUGGUCUAAACAUAGUUCGGAGCUCGUAUCGACUCACGGCUACUCCCAGAACCAGAUAUUGGUAUGGAAGUAUCCGAGUUUGACUCAAGUGGCGAAGUUGACGGGGCAUUCCUACCGAGUACUCUAUCUCGCUUUAUCCCCGGACGGAGAAGCUAUUGUGACAGGGGCGGGCGAUGAGACGUUGCGCUUCUGGAAUGUCUUCAGUAAAGCGCGAUCGCAGAAGGAGACGCGAUCAGUUUUGAGCCUGUACACUGGCAUUCGCUAAUUAGUGGAUAUUCUUAAUAUUAAUUAACUUGUAAUUAUAGGAUGCAGAAAUCAACAUAAUUUACUUCCUACUAUAUUAUAU